AAUAACCUCUAUAAUCAACAAUAACAGAAAAGACAAUUUAAAAGUACGUUUGUCAACUGUUGGUCGACAAUAUGAAGUUGACUGUUGGGAUAGUCAUAUCAGCUGUAUUUUGGAUAUCAUUUGUAGGCGCAAUAGAAGACCUCAUGCCACUAGACAUUCCCAAAGCUCAAAUAAAAAAGACCAACGCGAAGGCAGCUAAAAAGAACGACAUUCAAUUGCCACCUAUUGAGAACAGUAGAAGUUUGACUCAUGCAGAUAGCAGCAUCGAAGGAUUGAGUGAUGAAGAAGUGGAAGGCUACGAUGAAAAGGCAAUGAGGAGGGGAAGUAUCACUUCUCCUAGACAAAAGACCAAAACCAUAGGAUCAGAGAAUAGGGAUAUCAAUGUUAAUGCAAACAGUGGGCCUUCGAGCUCGAAGGAAGCAGACAUGGGCCUCGAGGCAAAUGAAUUCGAUACAGAAGAGCAAGAACAAGAACCAGAUAUAGUGAAUAAUGAUGAGGAGGAAGGAAUAGGGGGAAAGGACAACAAUGGAGUUCGGGAUGAGGCUGAUAAUAUUAAAGAUGUUGAUGUGAAUGAUGGAGAUGUGCAAGUAGACAACCCAGAAACCAUGAGAGAACAAGAUGCGGAUUGGGGGAAAGAAGUGCAUGAGGAUGACUAAUAAGGACAGACAGACAACUAAGAUACUGCCAAAUAAAUCAGACAGGAAUACAGACAUUGUACAGUAUAUAUACCACGAUGAAUGGACAGACAGAUAAAAAAGAUACUGAAAAAUAAACAAUUAACAGACAGGAAUACAAAUAGUACUUAUAUAUAACACGAUAAAGAACUCAUUUGCUCAUUUUACGCGACUUGAAGUUGGGAAAGGCCCAUUGGCACUCAUCUUCAGUCGUUUCAUAUAAGGCUCGUAAUUUACCUAUUACGCAUGUUCUUAUACGAUUUCCGAGCCCAUCCUACACGGCUUACAGCCUCACCUAUCAUAUAACACGACAAAAUGACAGAAAACAGACAAAAUUCAUAUAUGUUUAUUUUGACACGAUUUCUCUUUUUAAGGGAGGAGGGUCACGUGACCAACUGUUAUAAAAGGUCUAUCGCUCUYCAUUCUUGAAAAAAACUGCUACCUUUUUUGAUCUACGU